UUUUGCUGGGCACAACACGCAUUCAAGGUGGUGGCUGACAAAGCAGCAGGCGUGUAUAAAUGCGAAUGCAUGCAGUGGGAGCAUACAGGUCUGUUCUGCAUGCACAUAAUAAAGGCAUUCACCCACCUCCAAGUCCAAAACAUACCUGAAAAGUACAUUCUGAAGCGAUAUACACGUAAUGCAAGAUCUGUGGUUCCGUGGGACCGGCACGAUGUGAGUGUUGGUGGUCAAAAUGAGACAAAGCAGUCAAGGUUAUCGAAGCUGCUGCCAAAGUUAAUGCGACUGGGAAGAGCGGGAAGCAAAUCUGAUAGAGCAUACACUGAAACUAUCAGGCACAUCGACAUGAUAACUCCUGGGAUUGAGCUUCUACGAACAGCGGAGAUUGGUCCGAUUGGUCCGGACGAAGCAACAAAUACUGAGUUGCAGCAAGAUGCAGAAGGACGGCGGAAUAUUGGUCCCAUUGCACCAACACAACAAAGUUCUGACAACAAUAUAUAA